AUUAUUGAAGAAUAUUUCACACAGUCCACACUCACCACCUUAGGCCUAAGCCAACUAGGCCUAUCCGUUGAAAAUGGUUGCUACUCCAAGUAUUCUCACGAUCGUCAUUACGGCUGUUUUAAUUCAAAUAGCUAUGCUGUCUGCAGAAGAUUGCAAGACCAAUCGUGUUACAUGCAGAAAACUAAACAUAUUCAACCUCGAAGAAGAUUAUUCUAGAAAGGAUGAAUCUGACUGCAGGGCAACAGAGACUCCAAAAUGGGCUAAAAAAAUAGUGCACUACUUUAACCGCCAUAUUAAUGAAACAGUCAAGGAUUCAGGUAAAAAUGGAAGAAAAAUAACAGUUGGGAUUAAGCAGUUGUUAAGGAUGUUGAUGUAUUCAUUAAUUGAAUUGCCUUGCGAACGACUCGAUUGCAAGAAGUUAAGCACUGACGUCAUCGAAGCCUUCGAGUAUUUUCCUAAACCAGCAAAUACCACUUUAACUUGUAAAUUGAACCAGCCUGAUGUCUUAACCACUAGGCAACCGAGCUUGUGCUUGGUGGCUAGUGAUGAAUCCGAUCCCCAGUAGCAGUGGGUCACUGCACUUGCAAGCAUUUUUUUCCGUUGGAAAAUUGAACAAGAGGAACAAGCAAUGUACAUUAUAGAUUGUAUCCUGCGAGCGAGCACAUUGCUGUCCUUCAACAUAUGCGACAAAGUGGACAAUGAUAUGCCACAGAAGCUCGAACAGAAGCCCUAGACCUUUGGAUAGACUUCUUUUGAGAUGGGCGUUUUUUUCUACAAGGGCCAAAUUCUACAAUUCCAAAUUCUGUUUAAUACUUUUUAACUUUUAGCCAUGCUGGUUAAUAUGGAUACUCAUACGCUAUCUGAAUCUGAAAAGGCGGGCCAAAUCGGCCCAAGUCAAACUCGGUCCCAAGUCAACUCGGCCCCAAGCCAAUUCAGCCCAAUGUCAACUCGGCCUCAUGUCAACUCGGCCCCAAGUCAACUCGGCCCCAAGAAGGCAACUCGGUCGCAAGGCAACUUAAUCAUCAUCAUAAACAAAGAUGACUUUUUUUUUCUCUUUCAUCAACUAAUUUUAUCCAGUGCUUGUAUAAGUCAGGACGAUUUUGAAAAACAUUUAAUACAAUGUAUAUUGAAGGUUAUUGUAUGUUGUACAAUUGAAAAUUGAAAUCGUUGAUCAUUGUAAGUAUCUGGGCAUUGUCUUUAAUAUUAAUAGAUUGAACUGGAGUAGCCAUAUUGAUUUUUAUGUGUAAAAUAUUGAAUCAUGAUGUAUUGCUUGAGAAUUUUAUAUACAUUUGACUCCAGUGAACCUCAGUAUGUUGCAUGCAUUCUUCUUUAUAGAUCUAGUAAAUUUAUUUUUUAGACGUAUUUCCUUGCGUGUUGGGCUGGUGAUGCUGCCGUGGACAAAGAACGCUUUUGAACUUUCAGUAAAGUGAUUGGUUUUGAUUUUCCUCCCAUUAGUGAGGCGUAUUUAGCUUAUCAUCAGAAAAACUUUAAUAGUAUUGAGUUAGAAACCUCUCCUCUCCAUCAUGCUAUUAUAAACCAACUUAAUCAAAGUGGUAGAAUGAGGCUACGCAACGCGAAUAAGACAUCGCUAUGCCAAGUCCUUUAUACCCUCCGGCAUCACCCAGUCCAAUAAUUCAAGAAGACAACAAUUAUUGUAAUGUUUUAUUGUACUUGAUAAUAUCUUAAAUAAUAUUUUUAUACAUUAAAAAAUGUAUUAUGUAUUUUAAAAAAAGAUAUAAAAUGACCUUGUACAAUGAUUGUUAUUUUUCAGCCUCCAUUUUCAGCCUCCAUUGAGAUCCAUGGCUAAAUGGAAAAAAAGGAUUAGCCUUUAUCUUGUGAUUAAUCUCUUAGGUUAUCACACUUACACAUAAGCAAUCCUUGACUGAUGCACAUUUAUUUUAUAAUGUUAUGCCAUAAGUUAUAUAGUGGGCUACGAAUAAUGUUAUAUUUCAUGAUUUUGAACAUUUUCACGCUUUUCCCGUUAAAAUUGGAUAAGUACUUACGAAGAUAUGAUAUUAAUCACUGUUUUUGGUAAGGUUUUAGUCAGCUAUUCAAUAUAAUACCUUUCUGCGGAUAGCCAUUCAAGCAAGGCAUUACCUAUCAGCCAGAGAUGAAUAGAAACGCAUUUGCCAAGAAGAUGCAAUUGUUUGUGGGCCUAGGCUAUAUUACUAUAAUUGUAAGGAGGUGUUCUGAUGGACAUUUUUUAGGGACCUAUGUAUUAUACACUUUACAAUUAUUAUUAUUAUUAUUAUUAUUAUUAUUAUUAUUAUUAUUAUUAUUAUUAUUAUUAUUAUUAGCAUAUAUUAUUAGAAUAUAGCAAGCAAGAGAAA